CAAGAGUUGAGGAUGAUCAUCGCAGUACAUGGACGAUGACAUUCCCGUCAGCAGAGCGGACAAAGUAUGCCACUCAAAGUGAGCCGGAGGAUCUCAAACCUGUCAUGGUGUGCCAGGCCUCCGACCCCGAGACCAGUCAGUCAAUGGCAACGGGUGACGACCAUGUGAUGACGAUCAGAUGGGACCACGAUGCUGGAGCACGCAGAUGGCACAAGGAUCACCACCUACUACGGGAAGCACAGGUCCCCCUAGGCGAUGGUGCCACAAAUGACAGAGAAGGAGUACCACAUUCAGACCAACAAGUUUGUGAAGGUGGAGUGCCCAGGCUUCGCUACUGUUGAGUUCAACUGCAUGACUAGCGAGAAUCUGACCAUCUUUGGUAACGGGACAACGGUCAACAUCUUCCCGGAUGGCUACUACAUGUUACACCACUACGAGGGUGGUAGACUCGAGAUCGAUACAGAGGGAAUUUUGACCUAUUUCCCGAGCCUGGUGAAAAACAUGGAGCAGUUGCUUCCAGAACGUGAUAUUCGCUACAUGUUUUGUCACAACGCAGACGUCACGGUGGAGACUGUGGACAGUGAUGGGAAUGUGUUUAAUGUUAAGAAUAACGGGGACUUUAGUGUGAUUCCUGCCAACACUGAUGAUAUAUCUGAUGUAAGCAGUGAAGAUCAGAUGAGAUUGGAAAGGAAGAUCACUGUCUUUAAGGAGCAUGCUCAGAAAUUCUUUAUAAUUCACGUUGACGGGAGUGGAACAGAACUGCUGCCAUACCAAGAGAUCGCUGAGUAUCUCACAAGUGCUGAGCAGAGUCCUGCCACUGCUGUUCUACGUAACGAACUUCCAGCUUUCCCGGGGGUUGUUGGAAUUACUAUACUCAAGCUUUACAUUGGCCGACCGUACGAGCGCUGGUUAAAGAAAUAUGAUCAAGAGUCUAUCAUUCCUCCGGGAAUCCGAUGUCAAGACUUGACUUCGCUGCCACCAAAAGAGUAUAAGAGACAGGGCCCAAAGUUUGGUACAAAUGUUGGUCAGGGUCUGUCAGUGGGUGGGGCUGUAAAACGGAACGUCCGGAUCCCCAUUGUGAAGUGCCCGAAUAUUGAGUUGAGACAGCUGGUGCAGUACAAGCCCAUGAAUGAACAACUCAGAUCUGUGAUGCAGUGCGGCCUGCGUGAGUAUGCGGAGUAUGUGAAGUCCCGAAAUGAGAUGAACGAUCACAUGCAGGUGGUCGACCCUCGCUCUGAUGAGGAGCGAAUGACCGCCGCUGACCUCCAAGCCAUGGCAUGUGCGAACAAUGAGCUGACAGACUAUGAGAAAGCUGAUGUAAAGAGGAUUUACAAGAAGACGUUGAUGCCACCGGAGCCGAGCCCUCCCCCUACGCCUCAGCCAAAGCGUACCCUGGCAGACUGGGAGAGGGACGAGCGUGAAUUGCAGGAGCAAAAAGAAGGGCUGGAGGCCAUUCGAAACAAACACAUACCCAAAAACUUUGACAGCGAGUUUGGCAAGGCCUUUCUUCUCACUGAGUAUAUCCAAGUUGAGGAUCCUGUGCGGCGCAAGACAAACAACUCCCAGCUGGCCGCCAUGCGGGGCCUCAUUCUGCUACCCGAGGAGGUGGACUUUGGGGUGCUCAAGGAGGGGAACACAUACGCCCACAUAAUGAUGCUGAAAAACACAGGCGUGGAUACAUGAAGAUUCAAGAUUAAACAGCCCCAACCUGCCAUAGGCAUCAGGAUCAUAUACAAACCUGGUCCAGUCGCUGCUGGUAUGAAGGUAGAGGUUGAUGUAGAGAUCUAUGCGAUUGCCGUAGGGGCUGAGGGUGAGACUGGGGUUGGCGGGAUAAGACAUGAGCUGGAGAUCGUCACUGAGACGGAUGUCCUCUUCCUACCCAUCACAGCGAAUAUCGUUUCUACGUCUUGUUAUUAGGGAACAAUUUUUGCUCAGUUUAUAGUAUACCGUAAUAGGAUAUGGUUUCUGAUAGGGAGAGUAAUCAGCUUUGAUUGGUGGUAUUUAUUAUCAAUUUAUUGUCUAAAUGCUCUUUUUAAUAGUGGUAAAAACUAUUUUUUUUAUUUUCAAAUAAAAAGUCAAGAUACAUGUAUAUUCACUACUAAGCUUUGGUAUUGGUAGUGGCGUCUGACCAAAGAAACUGAGAUAUUACCGUCAAACUUAGUACGCAUACCACCAAUGACAAUACAUGCCUGUAUAGCGGCCCACAAAUUUUGCUUCAAUUACUGUCCCAUUACGGCUCCUUAAUCAACUGAGAAAAUCAAACAAAAGAUGGUAUCUGCUUGCUAUUGUUAAUGAAAAAUUGGAAUUUUAAAGUGUUAGUGUAAUGACUAAGUUAAAUUAUUUCAAAUAAUUUGUGUCAGUUUUAA